CAUCAGAAGACCCGUCAACAGAUCGUUUACCAGUAUAUUUGAACAUUUUUUAACCAUUUUACAUCAAACUUUUAUAUCUUAUUUACUUUUAAUAUACAUCGAUGCUAUUUUUAUAAGAUCAUUAUUCAAUGGGGAGGUUUAGACACGGAUUUUUGUCUUGUAAACAAAAACAGAAAAUUGCGUCAAUUAGGAAGGGUCAGAACAUCAGACAAACGGCUCGAACAGUAUUACUAGAUCAUGCAUAUACAACUUCAUAUCCAUCGUCUUCAUAUAAACAACCAGACCUGUCAAAUUUUAUAAAUGAGGAAGUCAUAGAUGAAAACAAUGUUAACAUAACAUCAGACGACAGCUGGAGAAAUGGAAGAAGGGUCGUAGAACUUGGGGUAUUGGCAGAUCAUCUCGCUGCGUGCAAACAAUGUGGUCUUCCGCUCUCUUUACAAAACUGUUUAAACAUAACAACAUGUGGCCUGGCUGCUGUCUUGAAAGUUUUAUGUGUCAACCAAAGUUGUAAAAACAUCAAUGCCAUACCAACAGGAAAACAGCACAACAGAAUAUGGGAUGUAAAUACAAAGUUAGCAACAGCAUCAAUUCAUACUGGUCUUGGGGAAAGGCAAGUAAAUGGUUUUCUAUCCACAUUAAAUAUACCUCCAGUUAGCCACAGAAUGUUUGACCAACGACAAAAUGAAAUUGGAACAAUUCUUGAAGAAAUUGCAGAGAAAUCGAUGAAGGAAUGGACAGAGAAAGAAAAGAGUAUGACGAAAGAAUGUAGUGGAAACGACGACAUAACCGUAGCAGUUGAUGCAGGGUGGCAAAAAAGAGGUAGUGGCAGAUCGUAUGAUAGUCUCACAGGUCAUUGCUCAAUGAUUGGAACAAGAACAGGCAUGAUAUUAGAUUAUAGUUUAAGAUCAAGAACAUGCAGAGUAUGUGUGACAGCUAGAAGGAUGAAAAAGAUACCUAAAGUACAUACUUGCAGAAAGAAUUAUAGUGGGAGUUCCAAAGCAAUGGAAGCUGACAUGGUAGUACAAAUGGUAGCUGAUGCAAGAAUAAAAGGUACGAACAUUAUGACGAUAGUUGGAGAUGAGGAUGCUACAACCAUAGCCAGACUGAGAAAUAAAGUAGACAAGUCAAUAAUAAAGCUUUCGGAUAGUAAUCAUGUCAAGAAAACCCUAGGAAAGAGUCUUUUUGCUCUGAGAAAUAAACAUUCUCGCCUUACUACAAAGAUCAUUUACUAUUUUAUGAAAUGUUUUAAUUUCUUGGUUGCACAAGCUAGAGGAAGACCAGAAGAAAUAUCAAAGAAUUUACCUGCACUAUCUAAACACCCCUUUGGUGACCACACCAGUUGCGAUCCCAGUUGGUGCCAGUCUUUUGAAGACUCUAGUAUGAAAUUUCGCUCUUUACCAUAUGGUAAACCUCUAAAAGACAAGCAACUGCAGGCCUCAUUGAGCACAUUAUUCAGUAAUUACAUAACACAGUCUGAAAAGCUAGCUAAACUUGAGAGUACACAAGGCAAUGAAAGCUUUAAUGAUACAGUGGCUUCAAAAGCACCAAAAAACAGACAUUAUGGUAGUUCUGGAAGUCUUGGCUAUAGGGUUGCUGCAAGUGUCAUUCAAAAAAAUAAAGGUCACAAGUACCUCGUAGAUGCAAAUAGAACAGCUGGUCUUUCACCUGGUGUUCACACAUCCAAAGUUAGCGCGCUGAGAGAUCUCCAGUACAAAAAGAGAAAGGCAAUAGCGAUUACAAAGAAGGCUAAACUGAGAAGAUUAGAGUUGAAGACAGAACGUAAUCAAGAUAUAUCAAGCUGUGAAGUGAGGGAAGGAAUCAGUUACCAGUCAGGCAUAGAUAUGGAAGAAUCUAGAUUGGAUCCUGAAAACAUAACAGAAAUACCCCCUCCUAGAACUUCAAGAAUAGAAGCCUCACCAAAGCAUGAUUGUGUUACAGAAAUUUUCUUUGACAUAGAAGCUACAGGACUAAGUAGAUCAUCCCAUAUCACACAAUUAGCAGCAAAGAGUGCAGCAGAAUCUUUUUCCAGAUUUGUCCUACCCCAGCACCAAAUAACACCAAAGGCGGCAGAGAUUACUGGAUUGACAUUUGAGAAUGGGCAGUUAUUAUCAAAUGGAAAUGUGUUGCCUGCUGUCCAUAUCAAAAAGUGCCUCAAUGACUUUAUUUCUUUUCUUGAAAAAACUAAGAACAAUGUUUUAAUUGGCCAUAAUGUUCAAACAUAUGACUGUGUGUUAUUGUACACUUCACUACAAAAAUGUAAUUUGCUUGAUAAAUUCAAGUCAACUGUGAUAGGCUUUAUUGACACAUUGCCAUUAUUUAAACUUUCUCAUUCAGGUCUGAAUUCUUAUUCACAGACAAAUUUGUUUGAAACAUUUAUGAGCAAAUCAUAUGAAGCCCACAGGGCUGAUGAAGAUGUUGAUGCACUAUGCACACUUGUCAAUAAGAAAAUUGAGUUAAAUGUUCAUUUUGAAAAAGUAUAUAUACCAGAAUGUGUCAUAUCAGACAAAUUCAAUUCUAUGAAAGAAUUGCAUAAAAAUUUGCCUUCUUUGAAGCUGUUGAUUGAUUGUAAGAUACUUUCAUUAGGAAUGGCACGUAUUAUUGCCAGUAGUGGACUGUGCUCAAUAGAGCACUUGAAGUUGGCCUUUUCUAGGAAUGGUUGUAAAGGCAUAAAAGAUCUUUUCACAGAAAAGAGUGGUUCAGGUGUACGUGUCACAAAAUCAGAAAAGAUCAUAAGACAGGUUUCAGAUUUUUUGAAAGAAUGAUGUCAUUUUCAUGAACUUUUUGAUGUUGUUUUGAAUGUUUUUCAGUCCUUAGUUAUAUAUUUUUUAUGAAAAAAGGUCUUUGUUGUACCUAGU